CAAACAGUCGUUGUGAGCUGUCACUGACAGUCCUGUCAUCUUUCUGGUCUCAGUCAGGCUGCAGUUUAAAACAGUGCAAGUUUUGUGAGCAACAUGAAGUGGCUUCUUGUGUUUGCAGCUUAUUUGGAGCUGUUCACACCUUGGGUUGCAUCAUAUUAUGUAGCACUGCCGUGCACUGGCCAAGAAGCUCUUCAAAUUGCAGAAAAGGCAGUUGAACUCAUCAAUGCGGACCGGAAACGGGGAUACAAAUACGCUCUGGACAGAAUAGAGAAUGUUCAGAGGAAGAAUGUUGGAGAUGGAAGCUACUAUUUAGACAUUGAAGUUCGAGAAACUGUGUGCCACGUGCUGAACCGUAAACCGCUGAGCAGCUGCAACAUUCGAUCAUUCACGAAUACUAAAGCAGACGGAGAUUGCGACGUACUCCUAGAAACUACACCUGAAGGUACCAAACAUUUGGAUGGCUACAAGUGUGAUGUGUCUCCAGAUUCACGUGGAGAUAUUGUUAAAGAAUGUCCUGACUGUCCAGUUCUAAUACCAUCAGACAGUGAAUCAGCUAUAAAUGCUUCACUGGUCUCACUGAAAAAGUUCAAUGAUGAGUCCAACCAUAUGCAUCGUUUUGAGCUUCAAGAAAUAGGAAGAAGCUACAUACUGGGAAUGUUGAAUCGGAUAGUAGUAGAAUAUGUUUUGAGAGAGACAACAUGUUUGAAAAACAGUGAUAUAUGUACUCUCCAACUUCUUCAAAAUCCUGAAAUUGUGUUCUGCAAAUCCAGUGUCGGCCAAACAAUGUCUGCUGCAGCGGACAUUCAGCAGAACUGUGAAUUCUUCGGCAAUCAGCAGGCAGCAGUAGACGGGGUUGGUGCUGCUCCCGAAGGAGAGGGUACUGCUAUCCCAGAAGCAGGCGGGUCCAUGGCUCCUCCAGUAGCAGAAGACCAGUUGGUUAUUCAUGAUGAUGUGGUCCAUGAUCAUUUUACUGCACAAACUGACGCUGAGACGGCUAUCCUGCAAGUUUCAGGACCUCAGACUGUUCCUCCUAAGCGCAAACGAUCAGCGAACAGUGAAUCAUCAGAAUCCUCUGAAGAAAUCAUCCCUAAGGUUACAGUUGUAUUCCCUAACCUUCCUGCAGAUCUGGCAACCUGCCCAGGAAGACACAAAUAUCACGAAUACAGUUAAAAAAAUCAAAACCCAUUCUUAAUAACAAUGCUGUCAUGUACUGAUAAUUAACUGCACCAGAAUAGUAAGAUUUCCAUUUACUUCUUAAGGAAAUUUAAAAUAAUAGAACUAAACAUUUAUUUGAGAAUUGAGCAAACACAGUGUUGCCCUUUAGCAGCAAUUGUCACUGGAGUUCUUAAAAUUUUCUCAUCUGAUUUUACCUUUGUAUGUGCAAUAAAAUAUAUUUGAAAUUA